AUGCUGCUCGCGGUGACGACCGAUCCUCUGGUGUCCGAUCCUCUGAGCACGCUCUGGGUCCUCGUCAGCCUCUACGUCCUCGUCAGCCUGACCAUCCCGCUCUGGGUGCCCAUCCUGCAGCGGCUCACGGGCCAGUGCGGCGUCUUUUGGGCCUUUAGCACGCUGACCUACUAUGCCUACUUGGCGUGGCUGAUAUUCGCGGCGCUUCUCGGCCUGCUGCUGUUUGAGCUGCCGCCGCUCGGCGCGGCGUGGCUCGCCGCGGGCAUGCUGCCCGUGCCGAGCCGCUGCGAGCCGAUGGGGAGGGUGCUGCUCGUGGGCAACGGCCCGUCGAUCCGGAAGCGGCACCUCGGCGGGCAGAUCGACGCCUUUGACACGGUGGUGCGCUUCAACUCGUUCGUGACCAAGGGGCUCGAGGAGCACACGGGGAGCAAAACCUCGCUCUGGUGCCACAUGCUGCAGCCCUACCACGUCGGCGGCGUCGACAUCUCGCGCCGCUCGCCCUCGGUGCCGGUCUGCUACGCUUGGAACCACGUCGUCCUCGCCCCGCUCUUCUUCGUGCCAACCACCGGCUUCGUCAUGCUGACCAAGCUGCUCGAGAGCGGCUGCGUGGUGCACCUUGCGGGCUUCGACGGCUUCGACUCGGGCGAGGAGCUCCACUACUACAAGGAGCAGCGGAUCCAUCUCCAGGUCAACGCGGCAGGCUCAUCGACGAGGGGCGGGUCGUGCUACUCUGACGGCCGGCCGCCGGCCGCACUGCCGUAG